AUGAUUAAACGUUUUGAGUUUGAGAAGAGACCGAGAGAAGCUAUGCAGUGCAAGAGUUACCAGCCGCCAAAUGUACCCAAACACUCCAGAAAACCCAAGCCAAAUGUCCGAUACCAAACUCCUCCGCACAGUUUUGAAUCUGAUCAUCCAUUCAUCGAGGCAGUCGAACACAACGAACCAGGGUUAAAUGAACCUGCAGAUGGCCGAGAUGUUUAUGAUGAGUCUGGCCUUGGCGAUAACCUGAACGAGGAGUAUCGUAGUGAUUGCAAUGUCUUAGACGAUGAGUGCCCUAGCAAUCUAGAUGAACAUGUUGAUGAUCUACCAGAAGAAGAACAAGCCUCUGAGACUGUGUCAGCUUGCUACUAUGGCAGAGACAACCUGUCAUAG